GAUAGUUUUGGCAAAAUCAUUUUGCUAGAUGAGAAAAGAAAAUUUUAUUUUAAUUUUUUUUUUGCACCCUUCUCUGACAGUCUUUAAAAAAUAAGUUCGCGAAGCAAGGUAUAAAAAAAGUUUCGCCUAAUAGCAUUUGGUUUCAGGCAAAUGUUUCAUGGCAAAUUUCACCAAUGUACUUAUGGUUAUUUUGAGGUUCGGGGUGGUUUGCAACAAUUAUUGUGAUUCUUUUUUAUUAAACAAAAUUCCAUCAUGCACCUCUCCUCCGCCAUAUACCCAACACAUGUUGACAUCGUUGUCUUGUUUUAAGUCCAAAUAAUUAAAACUUCUCCAGUAGAACAAACAAUAGUGUUUGCUAGUUGAUUAGUUGCAACAUAACACUGCUAUUACUGUAUACUGUUGAUUGUGUUUCAGUUCACAACAAAACCAUUUUUAUGCAAUAAUAUUAUAGUUUUACCUUAUCUAAACAAAGCAAAUUGGAAUAUAUUUCAAUGUUAAAAUAUUGCCUAUACAUAGCGCAGUUCAUAUAAUAUACCAUUAAGUUUUCUAUUCAGUAUUGUAUUUUACUGCCACUUGAAUUGUGUUUUUGUCGAAUAAUACUUAUGAAGGCAAUAUACGGACCAUUAAAUAAUUCUCAAGAAAGAAGUCUGUGCUAAUAAUGGGUGCUAUCAGUUUUCUUUACAUGCCCCGAUUUUCCCGUCCUUCCAAUACUAGGGAUUUUUCGAUUUCCGCGACAAUGUAACCGACCAAGAGCGGAUUUACUCAUCUGUAACUGUCCUACGUUCUCUGCGCAACGUAGAUUCGGGCCUGAGACAACUAUUACAGUUGAUUCAGAUUUGGGCCAAACUUCAUCCUCGCAUGCGCAGAUGACUUCUUAGUGACACCAUUACGUUCUGUGUCUUACGUCGUCCGGCAAUCGAAAGCUCCCUCUAUUUUACAAGCUGCCUAAAAAGUUUAUUUUCUGUUAUUGACGUGUAAUUACUAGUAUAUGGUAGGUAAUUUAAGGUAUGAACAGCAUGAUUUGCACUUUGACAGAUUUAUAAUUAUCUUAAUAAAAUAAUAACUUGCUUACUUAUUUCUGUUUUCCAUAAAAUCGCUACACACUAUCGCUGACAGCUUGAUUGUGUCGGAAACAACUACGCAGUGUAGAGAUUUUAUGGAAACUAGGCUUAAUAUGGCACUGCUUGAAUGAUCUGUCGUGGAGUAUUAAGUAUGUUAUAGACAUGCUGUGUUGUCAGCUGUCUAUCAUAGCGUAUACAAAUGCAUGAUUCAUAUUGCUAAUAAAAAAUCUUGAGUUUUUUUAUCCCAGAGUAUUAUGUUGUGUUUUUAAAAAUGUGAUGGUAAAUUCACCAUUGCAACCACACCUGUUUUGUAACCUAUACCUAGCAAGGGUAGCGCCAGGAUUUGCCGGCCCGACCGGGGGUCCGAGGUCCCAGACGGGGUGGGGGCAUCCCUGACAAGAGCAAAGUGGGCGUAUCCGGGCGUCGCUCAAAAUAUUUCAAAAGUAGUCCAGGGUGCGAAUUUUGACAAUUCAGGUCUUUGCUGAUAGUAAUAAUAAUAAUAAAUUUUAAAAAUGUAAUAAAAGGUAGAAAAAAAAAAUAGAAUACCACAAAGUCUGAUACUCAGAUGCUAAACUGAUCUGGUGGGGGUGGGGGCAGGGCCUUCAAAUUGAAGUUAGCUUCUUAAUAAGAAGAAAGGCUUAAAUCGAUUUUAGAGUCUACUGAUGUAGAAAAUACACAUAAUUUGUUUUUCUCCCCGACGAAUUGUGGUUUUGUUCAUCGACGAGGCCCAACUCUCCCACCCCUUCAGGCACCGCCCCUAAUACCCAGACUGGCUUUCAGCCGUGUAUUUGGCGACUUCAGUAUAUUAAAACAAAUAUUUAAAUACAUAAAAAGAAAACAAAAUUUGACAUUGAGCAUUACGCUGAAUUGCCUUAAACUGACAAUAAAAUAUUAGCCGUACGGUAUUCAUAGUUGGAAUAGCAUUUUCUAAUCUAGAUGCUUAGAUGCUGCAACUGUCCUCUAAUCUACUAGUCGAGAUAAUGCUGCGCCCUCUAUGGAAUGUUUACGGGAAAACUUCUGACGUGACAAGGAAAUUGCGUUAUUGUGAUCAUUGAGGUAAAAAAUAUGCUGUGGAUUUGAUGAAACUAGUUGCUGGUGGUGACAUUCGAAAUGGGAGGUGCUAUUUGUACUUCAUGGACUAAGCGUGUCGUGUUCAUCAUCUUUCCUAUUUGGACCGUAGUUGCUCUUAUCGUCGGUGUUGUAUACAUUACCAUGAACUGGUUCCAUCUUUUACUCAUAACAUAACAAGAAAUAAUAUCAUAAAACUAAGAAAUAAUACAGCAAGUAGGCCUACCCCUAUUGCUAGGCCUAUUCAUCGUCCAGAUCUAUGGAAUGACUUCGGAAAUGUUACAGGUUGUACAACAGUGAAGGUGAAAAACGUUGCAUUUAUAAAAACGCAUAAAACCGGUAGUUCCACCCUUGCUCACGUUAUUAAUACGUUUGGAUACAGAAACAACUUAUCUUUUGUUUUGGGUAAAAAUAGUUCCAUUAACGGUCAUGUUGGAGUUACCAACAGGUUAUUUGCUGAUAUGGCUAAAUUUAGCUUUCUACCGCCUGUGGGGGUUACUGUUGGUGACUAUGACAACUACAAAUAUAACCUUGUAGCUAUACACAUUCGUUACUUUCGGUCAGCUUUCGAUUCAUUUAUGAAACCGGGAACAAAAUAUAUUACAAUACUUCGAGAUCCAGCAACUCAGUUUGAAUCUGCCUUCGUUGCAUUCGAAUAUUGGAAAUCUUUACCACGUAAACAACAGAUCGUACCUAUGAGAGAACGCCUUGAAUAUUUCUUUCUCAAUCCUGAUUAUAACAGGGAAAAAUUCAAGCAAGUAGUAUGGCCACUUACAAAUCGUUUAGGAACUGGUUGGUACUAUGCGAAGAAUGAUCAAAUAUUUGACCUAGGCUUGGAUCACAAGUACCACGACAAUAAAAGUACAGUGAAGCAGUAUAUUAAUCGGUUAGAUGAUGAGCUGGACUUGGUUUUGAUCUUAGAACACAUUGACGAAUCGCUUGUUAUUCUUCGAAAGGUGCUCUGUUGGUCGUGGAAUGAUAUUCUUUACAUGGCAAAAAAUGCACGAGCACAUGUUGAACCUCUUUCGCACACACUUGCGGGAAAAAUACGCGAGUGGAACUCCGUUGAUGUGCUCUUGUACUCGUAUUUCAACCAAACACUUUGGAAUAAAAUUGCUAAUUAUGGCAGUAGCCUUAGCUUUCAAUCGGAUCUUGAGUUGUUUCGAAAGAUGCUGAAACAAGUUAACGAACAAUGUGAAAGUUCAACGUCACCCUACAAAGGGAAGUUAAUACAGAAUGUUGCCAAGGGGGCAUCUACAGACUGUAAACGCCUCGCCACGGGUAACUAUAAGAUGUUAAAAGAUAUAAUACAUCGCCAAAGUCAAGGAAGGCAGAGGCCUAGGCGGAUUUAGGUUCCUGGUGAGUUGUAUUCAUCGCGGUCAACUUUUUGAUGCAUUCUUUUGAAUUGAUCUCAUAAAUAUUCAUAUCCACCACGAUUAAAGGCUGUGUUAAGUCUCUACCAAAUUAGCAUUUACAGUACUGUACAUAGCCACUGCAUAGUCCAGAGCCAUAUUAUAUAUAAAGAGUUGCGACAUUCCGCUCCUUGGUUUACGAAAGUCACGUGGUACACACUGUUUAUUUUGUUUCAUAAUCUUCCCGGUGAACACAUGCAAAGUAUAUGUGUUACGU